UGGAGCGGAAGUGAUGCGCGGACAGGAAACUAGCGCCGAGCUGGGGCGAGAGAGCUGGUGAUGGCGUGGGUGAGGUGCUGACGUCGGUAGGGACGAGACGCGGCGGAUUUCGUACCGGAGAUGUGCAGGCUCAUUUCAUCAUGGAUGAGGAAAACCCAGAAUUUGCAACCCCAGAAGAAAAAAUUAAGUAUUGGAAAGACUUGGCCCUGAAAUAUAAGAAAAGUUUUCAGGAAACACGGGAGGAGUUGGAAGAAUUCCAAGAAGGAAGCAGGGAACUUGAAGCUGAGUUGGAGGCACAGUUGGAGCAGGCAGAACACAGAAAUAAAGAUUUAGUAUCUGACAACCAAAGACUAAAGCUAGAUUUGGAGGUAUUAAAGGAAAAACUAGAACAGCAAUAUGCACAGAGUUAUAAGCAGAUAUCUAUGCUAGAAGAUGACUUGGGUCAAACCAGAGGUAUCAAAGAUCAACUGCAUAAAUACGUUAGGGAAUUGGAGCAAGCAAACGAUGAUUUAGAAAGAGCCAAAAGGGCUACUAUAGUAUCACUAGAAGAUUUUGAACAACGAUUGAAUCAAGCAAUUGAAAGAAAUGCGUUUUUAGAAAGUGAACUUGAUGAGAAGGAAUCACUUCUUGUUUCUGUUCAGAGGUUAAAAGAUGAAGCACGAGAUCUGCGACAAGAGUUAGCAGUACGAGAAAGGCAGGAAGUAACAAGAAAAUCUGCCCCUAGUUCACCGACGUUGGAGUGUGAGAAAAUGGACACUGCUGUUCAAGCUUCGCUCUCUCUCCCAGCUACACCUGUAGGAAGAACAGCAGACAACGGUUUUACGUCGCCCAAAGCUAUACCAAAUGGCUAUGGUGCUACUCCUUUAACUCCAUCAGCUAGAAUAUCUGCACUAAACAUUGUUGGUGAUCUUUUAAGAAAAGUAGGGGCCUUAGAAUCAAAAUUAGCAGCAUGCAGAAAUUUUGCAAAGGACCAAGCGACGCGAAAAAGUUACAGUUCAGGGAAUGGCAUUGGCGCCUCUACUAUGGUCAACAAUGCAAAGUUUUCAAAUUCAGGUCUUGCAACAUACUUUGACAAAGGAAAAGAGAGAGUCUUUUUCAAGUAUAUCAUGGGGCAGUAAAUGGUCUAGACCAAGCACCUGCUGGAAUUGGAUCAGCACCACCUUCUUCCCCACCUGGCAUGCUGCCACUCAGUGUCUAAAUAGCCAUACUGCACCUUUUUAUUAAAAAAAGGAAAAUGUCUACUUCAGCAACAGGAUAACCAUUGUAACCUGGCUACAAAUGGAGUGCACUGCAGUGUGUAGGAAUUUCUGAACCUUCACUUUCAUUUGUUCUGGAUGAGAUUUUCAGUUAACCAGUAUGCCUCUGAUAAAAUGUUAAUUAGAUUUCUUGUUGAUAUUAAUGCUAUUAUUGUUUGUCACGGAAACAAAAGACUUGUAUAUUGAACAUUCAAAAUUUAAAUUCCAAUCAGUAUUGGAAAAGUACAUAUUCAAAGAUAUUGUGGUAUACAAGGUAAUUGUUCAUGCCACUUGUACGGUUGUGACUCUCCAGAUAGUUGGUCUAGGAUUCUUGGUUACGUGCCUGGAUUUGGUGAUGUUUUAAAACACCAAUUCCUGUAAUUUUUAUGUUGUACUGUACAAUUUGAUUUCUAAUGUCAGAUUUAUUAAGAUGUAUUUAAGCACUGUUUAAGUGCAAAUGGUUUGUUUAAAAAAAUGCAAAAGUUGGAUAACUAAAACUUGUACACUUUAUUUGAACUAUUUGCAGCAUUUUUGUUUCUAUGCAUCAACUCAAAUCACUUUUUUUUGCAUAAUUCAGAAUUGUGUUACCUGUUUACAUUGUGUUGCUGUAUAUGUUUGUAAACAUAAUUUCCCAAGACAUUUGUACAUAGCUUGGGCUUUGUAGCAUUAUUUAUUCAGAUUCUAUAUGGCAUGUUUAAUAAAGAUAUUGUUUACCAUUUGCAGUUGUAACAAAUCAUGAUAUGUUGUAGAAUCUGCUGUUUAAUCUUCCAGUAAUAAAUUCAUUCUUUCAA